GGCGGCAACCCGGUCGGUCGCCCGAAGAAGGUGCAAGCCUCUCCGCAGCCGACGCCCCCCGUCGUACCUUCGCCUCAGGUAGAUGUAGUGGACGUCGCCGUCGGAGUGGAUCCUUAUUCGCCGCCUCCGCCGGGUCAUCAGCACUAUCAUCAGUAUCACCAUCACCACCAUCACCAGAUGGCACUCGUGCAUCCGGGUCUGGCGGCUCAGCAAUCGCACCUCCAGACGUCCAGCUAUCAGGACUGGUCGUCCUGGGCUCAGGAUACUUGCGAUUAGACCCGCUGUCCGCCGUAAUAGGACUGUACCCCAAAGGACAUCGCGAUGAAGAAUAAGCCUAAUUUACCUAACAUUGCGAGCUCAGACUCUUCAGGAGAAUCGCAAAGAGGGGAAAAGGCCAGCGUAGCGUUCCUUGGAAAACCGCCAUCGGCGACUCUACGAGUGUCUCUGGACUUGGAAUCGUGAUACCGAAUGUGUUUGAACUUGCCACGGUAAUCGAAUGUCUUCGUACAUGCGGUGCCGUGAUAUUGAACAUAAUUGAACUCGCCGCGGAUACCGAGCGUUUUUAUGUUCUAACGUGUGUUGACAUGUCGAGUGCGUCCAAACUUUACGUGGAUGCUGAGAAUCUCUGAACGUCUUUGAACUUGGAUAAUUCGGAAUCGCAGAUAUCUCUGGAACUUGAAACGCGAACUUUUUGGUUCUAUAGUGGAUGUGCGACCUUCUUUGAUUCAAACUGACAAAGUGACAAACUCUUGUGAAGAAGGGUUUGCACUAAUAUCGAGAUAUUGAUGUUGCGAAUAUCGAAAGCAUUCUUAAGUUAAUUCAGCAUUAUUUGGACAACUACCUUUGCACAAGAUAGCGUCCAUUCUAAUCAGAACUGUUGAUCGCAUCUGCGAUAAGUUGAGACGACACUCGACACCUCAUUGCAGAAGCACUUUCGCCACGAAUCCGCCGGUCUUCUUAAUAAUAAUCUUUGCUCAAUUGUAAAGAAUCGAAAAAAGUUUAAGAUACGACUCAUCGUGCAUCUACCAUCAGCCGCAAUAGUAUGACGUCAGUACUCUUCUUUAAAAUCCUUUGCAAUCAUCUUAUUGCGAUUACCUUGACACAAGAUGCGAAAUGUAGAAUUCGUUGACAUUAACACAACUUGCAACAAGUGAUUUUUCGCACGUUUGUGAAAUAUCAAAAUAAUUCUUCCCGUCGAUACCAUUCUCAAGGUCAUUGCUAAAUCA